AUGGAAAUAGUCUGGGAGGUGCUUUUUCUUCUUCAAGCCAAUUUCAUCGUCUGCAUAUCAGCUCAACAGAAUUCACCAAAAAUCCACGAAGGCUGGUGGGCAUACAAGGAGGUGGUCCAGGGAAGCUUUGUCCCAGUUCCUUCUUUCUGGGGAUUGGUGAACUCAGCUUGGAAUCUUUGCUCUGUGGGGAAACGGCAGUCGCCAGUCAACAUAGAGACUAGUCAUAUGAUCUUUGAUCCCUUUCUGACACCCCUUCGCAUCAACACUGGGGGCAGAAAGGUCAGUGGAACCAUGUACAACACUGGAAGACAUGUGUCCUUGCGUCUGGACAAGGAACACUUGGUUAACAUAUCAGGAGGGCCAAUGACAUACAGCCAUCGGCUGGAGGAGAUCCGGCUACACUUUGGGAGUGAGGAUAGCCAAGGGUCAGAGCACCUCCUCAAUGGACAAGCCUUCUCUGGGGAGGUGCAGCUCAUCCACUAUAACCACGAGCUAUAUACCAAUGUCACAGAAGCUGCAAAGAGCCCAAAUGGAUUGGUGGUAGUUUCUAUAUUUAUAAAAGUUUCUGAUUCAUCAAACCCAUUUCUUAAUCGAAUGCUCAACAGAGAUACUAUCACAAGAAUAACAUAUAAAAAUGAUGCAUAUUUACUACAAGGACUUAAUAUAGAAGAACUAUAUCCAGAGACUUCUAGUUUCAUUACUUAUGAUGGUUCCAUGACUAUCCCUCCCUGCUAUGAGACAGCAAACUGGAUAAUAAUGAACAAACCUGUAUAUAUAACCAGGAUGCAGAUGCAUUCCUUACGUCUGCUCAGCCAGAAUCAACCAUCUCAGAUCUUUCUGAGUAUGAGUGACAAUUUCAGGCCUGUCCAGUCACUCAACAACCGCUGCAUCCGCACCAACAUCAACUUCAGUUUACAGGGGAAGGACUGCCCAAACAACCGGGCACAGAAGCUUCAGUAUAGAGUAAAUGAAUGGCUCCUCAAGUAG